CUAAGCACAGCCGGCUAAAGCCGUCUAUACGUAAUUUAUAUAUAUAUGUGUGUGGGGGGGAAUAUCCUCGUACCGUGUUAGUGUUAACGCGUUAAACAGCCAAUUAAACCGAACCCCACCAAAAAAAAAAAAUCCGCUCUUUCCUGGUAAUCAUCUCUCUAUUUCUCAAUUUCAAUUCGUAGAGGUUUCAAGGUAUUUGUCAUCCAUUAAUUUGUAAUGGGUCUUUUCGUUUUUUAAUUUUGAUUACUAUUAGUUUAUUCGUAAUUGAAACUUGGGUACUGGGUGGUGACUUUGAAUUUGUGGUCCUUAUAGUCAAAUUUUCAAAGAGUUCCAUUCAAGGUCUUCAAUUUGGAGUAUUUGCUCUUCUGGGUGUUUAUAAACUGGUUAAGUUUAUGGUUUAUGUCAGUGGAGGUGGCAGGAGGAAUUCUGAUUGAGCUUAUGUUUUAACUUUUGUUAUUGAGUUUUGAUUUUGAAGGGAAGAUCAGAUACAUAGGAUUCUUUUUGGGAUUUUGUUUUCUUAGUGCAGCAAAAUGGGUUGCAUUUCCUCUAAGGAUAGUAGAACAAACAGCCCAAAAGAGAGGCAAUCGCGUAAAGGGUCAUUGGAUAGGCGUGUUGCUCAUGUUAAUUCAUCGAGAAGAGAUGAUGGGAUUCGAUCAAAGUCUAAAUCAGAUAGCGGAGAAGUGAAGGUUAUGCUAAUUGAUAAGAAAACAAAUGGUUCGAAUGUUUUAUAUGAUGAUCAGAUAGAGAAAAAGCAAAUAGAGAAUCAGAUCGAGAGAAAGAAUGUAGAGAAUUGUGAAGUUGCUGUUAUAAGUCAUCCUCAGAUUGAAAUAAAUAAGACAGAGAAGCGUGAUGUUUCAGUUUGUAGUCAUCCGGGUUGGGGAAGGGUGCCAAAGAGUUUGGAAGCAGAGCAGAUUGCGGUAGGAUGGCCAUCUUGGCUUGCCUCAGCAGCAGGAGAAGCCAUCAGGGGAUGGGUGCCGCGGCGUGCGAAUACAUUUGAGAAAUUAGAUAGAAUUGGCCAAGGAACUUACAGCAAUGUUUACAAGGCCCGUGAUGUCACUAAUGAUAAAAUUGUAGCUAUAAAAAAGGUUCGGUUUGAUAAUAGUGAUCCAGAUAGUGUCAAAUUCAUGGCCCGUGAAAUUCAUAUUUUGCGUAGGCUGGAUCAUCCCAAUAUAAUUAAAUUGGAAGGCUUGAUAACAUCUCAGACAUCUUCCAGUUUGUACCUCGUCUUCGAGUACAUGGAACAUGAUCUUACUGGACUUGCAUCGCUUCCUGGCAUUAAGUUCACAGAACCACAGAUCAAAUGCUACAUGCAGCAACUAUUAAGUGGACUUGAUCAUUGCCAUAAUCACGGCGUUCUGCAUCGUGAUAUUAAGGGUUCAAAUCUUCUUAUUGAUGACAAAGGAAUCUUGAAAAUUGCGGAUUUUGGUUUAGCAAGUUUCUUUGAUCCUAAAAGUAGUGCUCAGUUGACAAGCCGUGUGGUGACCCUUUGGUAUAGAGCUCCAGAACUUUUACUUGGAGCCACUCGCUAUGGAGUUGCUAUAGAUUUAUGGAGCACUGGUUGCAUUCUUGGCGAACUGUACGCUGGCAAACCUAUUUUGCCUGGAAGAACUGAGGUGGAGCAACUGCAUAAGAUUUUUAAGCUCUGUGGUUCACCCUCUGAGGAUUAUUGGAGAAAUUUGAAGUUACCUCAUUCAUCUGUAAUCAAGCCUCAACGACCAUACAGACGAUGUGUUGCAGAAACAUUUAAAGACUUACCCACUCCUGCACUUGGACUCAUGGAGACCUUGCUUUCCAUGGAUCCAGCCAACCGUGGAACUGCAGCUUUUGCUCUUAGGGACAAGUUCUUCAGAUCAAAACCAUUUGCUUGCGAUCCUUCAAGUUUGCCCAAAUAUCCUCCCAGCAAAGAAAUUGAUGCUAAAUUGCGGGAUGAAGCUAGAAGGCAAGGAGCAAUUGGACUCAAGGGGAAUGGACCACAUGAAUCUAGUGCUGCUCUAGCAUCAAAUGCGAAUCCCAGAAUAGCAACAUUGAUGCAGGAAAGACGACAUCCAAAUGCAAAUAGCAGAGGUGAAGUAUUCAACUCUCACAAGGGGCAAACUGUUUCUGGUUUUCUGGUUGAUCCUUCUAAACAAACUCAAGCUGCAAAAGAAGGGAGAAGAGAUUUCCCAGAGAAUCAACAUAAGAAAGUUUCGCACUCUGGCCCAUUGGUCCAGGGGACAGGCUGGACAAAGGCCGGAAAGGAUGGUAAUAAUCCUAGUACUGUGUUGUCAACCAGAACCAACCUAUCAACAAUAUCCGGUUUAGUAGCAGCUAGAACGUCAUUGCCUGAUGGUCGGCAGGGAAGGCCUAGUACUUCACAGCCAGAAGCAGUGAAAUCGGUUGGUGGGUUUCAAGGAUCAUCAAAUGGAUUAGAGCCCACAUCAAAGCAGAAUCAAAAACUUCAAGUGCGCAAGGCUGCAGAUUCUCCCCAGGCAGAUGGCGAAAAAUCCCGGGAAGCAAGUCUGUAUGGUCGGGGGCCGAGGGGAAGCAAGAUUUAUCUCUCUGGUCCGUUGCUUGUUCCAUCAAACAAUGUGGAGCAAAUGCUCAAAGAUCAUGAUCGUAGGAUUCAAGAACAUGCUCGACGACGACUGGACAAGACAAAACAGAGCAAAAUGACUAUCCAAGGGAAGUAAUCAACUUAGAAUUUGACAUACAUCUCUCAGCAUGAAACCUUGGCUCCUCUUCACAAGGAAGCUGCUUGACCAUUGGGAUGGCUAAUCACCUCAUGGCUCAGUGUACAGAGGGUGCAUUUUUCUUUACAACCAAGUGUUUUUAAAAUAUUUAUUUUAGUAUAUAUACAUCAUCAAACAGUGAAUGCCUUAGUAAUAGAUCUCUUUUAAAUUUCUAUACAACAAAUAGAAAAAUUGAAUCAAGGUUGAUUUUGAGACCA